AUGGUGCUCAUACACGUGAAAACAUCCGAUGAAAAAAACCAGUUCCUCUACGAGACUCAGACAUCUGUGCGCAUUGGACACCUUCAGGAGGAACUGAUAGAACUGCACAAUCUGCGGCUGAAAACAAUCUAUCUCUCCGACGCAUGCAAAGGCCUGUCUGCCCACGGGCCCUUGAGGCCUGAAGAAACGCGCGGCCUUACGGCUGAGGUAGCAAAACUUUCGGACUUAGACAUUCACGCUUACGGAGAGCCAACAAACCCAGAUCCGACAGGUUACAGAACUGGUGUGCAACCUCCUCCAGAGGCCGCUGAAAUUCUGGAGGAAACAGCGGGACGGUCUGCCGAGACUGUUUCGCACGAGAAGGUUCAAGCAAAGCAGCCCCUGACAAUGAAAUCUGUCAGGUCUGCCUUCGAGAAUCUAAGAGGUGCAGUGAUGAUAGCAUAUCCAGCAUUCCAUGACCUGCCGGAAUGGGAUCCUGCUCGUAUCCUGCUUGAGGAAGAAGAACAACAAAAAGAUACAGGUAUUAUCGCAGAGACGUUCGACAAGAACAAGACAUCUCUGUGGUGGGCAGGAAAGGAGCUGCAGAACGACAAAGAAUUGUGUCACUACAUCGGGAGAAAUGAGAAGACGAAAAUCAUCGCUCGCUUGCAAUCAAAAGCCUCUGGCCCCCCCAUACGGGAGCCGCGCCUCGACGCUGAGACGCAUAAAGCGAUGCUGUCAUACUGCUACAAGAAACGACGGGAAGAACAGGAACUCGAGGAAGACGAAGACGAUUCGUAUCUCGACAGCGAGUGGGCAAACCCACGAGGUCUCAAAAAUGCUCUUAUAGGGGGUGGCCGAGAAAUCCGUUGGAAGCCGUAA